AUGGCCUCCACAGACUUCACUUUCCCCGCCACCGCCGACUCCUCCCCCGACUCCCCGCCUCUGUGGUGUCACUCCACCACCGCCCCCCGCCUUGAGGGGGGCGAAGAAGAGGGGUUCAACUUGCCGUCGUUUCAAGCGUUCAGAUUUUCAAAAGGCUCUAAGGAGAGAGAUGACGAAGAAGGAGAAGAGAAAAUGGACAUGUUGUGGGAGGAUUUGAACGAAGAUCGAUUUGCGAAAAAUGGGCUGAAUUCGGAUACUUCGCCGCCUAGGAGAGAAGUGAGGGUGAGCUGCAUCAGAGGUUUGAGGUUGUCGAAAGCGAAUGGGCACAUAAUCUCUGGGAAGAAAACAAGUAUUCUUCUAUUCAUCAAAGCUUUGAAGAAGGUGUUUCUCAUGCAUAAUUCGCAACGUGGGAUCAACAAGAAGCCAUCUUAG